CGCUCGCGCCGUCACAUCAAUCCUUUCAUGCGCCCAUAUUACAAGCAACAAUGGUCUCCCACAGGUUUGGAAGGUUUUCACCCUAGAAUUGCUUUGCUUUUGUAAGAAGCACCGUCGUCAACGCGAUUUUUCUAGCUGUAUAGUGCACGGCACUCAACCGAAAUCCGUCGUCUCCAUGGAAUACCAUCCUCCUGUCGGAAUGGAGCCUCUGGACGAUUACAGGCCUGGCGGCUAUCAUCCAGUCAAGCCCGAUGAUCUGCUGUCAAAUGGACGUUAUCGCAUAGUCCAUAAGCUGGGCUAUGGAGGCUAUUCAGUCAUCUGGCUUGCGAGAGAUCAGCGUUUGGAUAGAUACGUUGCUCUCAAGAUUGCCAAAUCUCUACAAAACGAACACCUAUAUCGUGAAGUAGCGGCACUACAAGUUUUGAGUGCUGACAACCCUGUCCCAAAAGCUUUGGACCAAUUCUCCGUGGGUGGAAAGAACGGAACGCACGCUUGCUAUACGAUGCCUGUUGCUGCAGGAAACCUUGCUAACGCAAAAUACGACGAUGUGUUCCCAGUCCAGGUGGCCCGCGCUUUCUCGGCCAAAUUCACUCUGACAAUUGCGUCAUUUCACGCGAGAGGCUACUGCCAUGAAGAUCUACGCCUACAGAAUAUACCCGCAAAACUUGACGUUAACAUUGACGAUCUUGACGUUGAUCAAUUUAGACAGACUGUUGGCUCACCAAAAUUGAGUCCCGUAGAGAGAUUGGACGAUAAAACCCCAUCAGAGCAUGUUCCGCGAGAAGUAUGUCCUCCCCUGCGUUUCCUCGGCAAAACAGCCGAUGAGUUCACUUUGGAGGAUGCGAAGAACAUUAUCGUAGCAGAUUUUGGACAAGCUUGGCAGCCGGACAAAAAUCCGUUGCGCCUUCACAUCUCGCGGGGCCACCGGGAUGAUGGACUCUAUGCCCUGCGGACGCAUGAAUUUCACACAUGUGUGGCGCGUGUCCUAUCAUGAAUAACGGCAAUGCUGCUGCUGGUCUAGUACGGUAAAGCGUACUCGCAAUGUACCGCCGCAGUUUCCGUGGCUAUUUACUCCACCAACAUAGAUCGGAGCAUAGACACUAAUAUCAUGUUCUCUAGCUCUAGAUCUAUGUGUGAAGCUGUAUCAUUGGCGAGCUUGAAAAACAAGCUCAAUUGCCACUUCUAGAUCGAGAAAUGAUGCCGUCUUUCGUAGCUUUGGAAAGCAUAGGGAACACAAGUUUUGCUUCGAAACGGCACUUGACUGAUGCCAGCGCGAAGGUCUAAAUAUGUUCGUUGUUGAGGUGGAGUUGUGAAAUUGCCGGAAGGACUAAAUUCCGAUCUCGAUGUGAGUGCCACUGUUGGGACUUCUUGGAGGUUUCUUGUAUCGAGAUCAUAGUCAUUAGCAAAAGUCUUAUCAUACAAUUUGAAGCUCGCAGAGAUGAGGCUAUUGUCUUUCGCGA